CUCACAGACAAGAGUUUAGCAUGGUAUUAUUAUGAUUUUGGUAGGCACCAUAAGAGAAAGCGUUUCUUUAUGAAUUUACGCACAUCCAGAUAUAUGGACAGCAGCGUAAUGGCUUGGCGCACUGACAUCUCUCUACUACAGACAGCUAUACGAAUAAUUCCAAUGCCACCGUCAGAUAGAGACUUUUUAUCGUCAACAAUGGCUUCAUGUCUCACAGCUUCUAAACUUGAUGUAGGUCAUUUGUGCCGAGCGAAGACAUCAAAGCAUAAGGGAGUACUUUUCGGACUCAUGAUUGCGCACAGACAUGUGGCUGCUUUCGUGAGAUUGAAACGCUACGCACUUCAUCCACGAGAUACUCACAUUUUACUCAAUUUGAUCUCCGGAAAUAGCUCGCUGCGAAUAUCGGAGGCGCAGACAUGGACACCCAUUUGCUUGCCGAAUUUCAAUGACAAGGGUUUCGUCUAUGCUUUUAUUUCCUUUCCAUGGGAAGGAAGUUCUGCUUGUCUAAUUCUGUUAUCCGUGAAGAAAGAUCAUUUUGAUCCGUUGAACGAGGUGAAAAAGCGCAUAGUGGAAAAGCUGGAGAAUAAUGCAAAGUUCUUCUCUAGUUUUCAAUGUUGUAUAGAAAAUCCAGUCGCAUUCAGUAUAUCCCAAGUAAGUUUUCUUCUUCGCUUCGCAUUGUUCAAGUGGUUCUUGCAGAUCGGUUCUAAUAGCGAUCUCCUAUGGUCGUUUGUGUACAAAAAUCGCAACUCGAAACAAGUGUGCAUAUCCGGAGCA